AUGGAGAUGAAAACGAUUGUCAAAAAGCGCAGUCUGGCUGAGGAUGCGCAGUGCGAGAAUGGAAGCGACAAUUGCGAAACUGCAACUGGCACUGCCGAGGAGAUACGGCACAGCGAGGAACCGAAGGCCGAAAACACGCUCAAACCGGGCUCGCAAAUACGUCCGGCGGUAAGCGAGGAGGAGGUGCGUAAACUUGCAGAACGUCUUUAUGGAAUUAUAGUGCUGGAAAUGUGUGAACUCGAUUCAUACGAUGACCGCAAUUUCAUGAUUCAAGCUGAUAGCUACGUGAAAAAUCCAAUACUAAAGUCAAUCAGCACCAGCGGUUACGUGAUGAAGAUAGCGAACUCGCUGGACUCGAGUGAUGAAUCGUUCUUUCAUGCCCAAAAUGAGAUCAUGCUGCAUCUAAACAAGCGGGGCAUCAAAUGUCCCGUGCCAGUGCAGAACAUUUACGCCAAAUACCAUUCGCUGGAGACGCUGGGCGAAUCGAAACACGUCGUACGGCUUUUGGAGUACAUUCCCGGGAAGGUGUUCCAUGGUGUACCGCAUCCGGACAGCUUGUUUUACCAGGCGGGACAAUUUAUUGCAAGAAUUGAUUCUGCGUUGAAGUCCAUCGACAAGGAACUGGUUAUGAAACGACAAUCCAUCUGGAUGCUGGACAAUUUUCCUAAGCUAAAAGAUUUCCUCUACGUUCUAAAAGACGAGCACCAUAAGGAUAUGGUCGAGCAGGUAUUGGACGCAUUUCAACGACGUGUGAUACCGAAUUUAAACGAGUGCGAGCAGGGAGUAAUCUACGGAGAUUUUAACGAACAUAACGUAAUUGUUAACAAGAAACCGUCGAACAGCAAGGAAUAUGAAAUAGUGGGCAUUAUCGAUUUUGGUGACGUGUGCUAUUCACGCUACGUUUUCGAGUUGGCCAUCGCAAUGACGUACAUGAUGCUGGAGGCAAAUGAUCUUAAUACGGGAGGAUUAGUGAUAGCCGGUUACAGUAUGAUACGGUUGAUUCCCCAGCACGAAAAAGACAUACUUAGGAUUUGCGUCGCCGCUCGUCUAUGCCAAAGUCUAGUGCUGGGGCUGUAUACGGCCACAGUUGACGCUAGCAAUCAGUAUAUUCUUUCGUCGCAAACACGUGGAUGGAACGUGUUGGAAGCACUGUGGAGAGAAACUGAUAAAGACAUUUUGGAACGAUGGAAUUCCAUUGCCGAAGAAUAUUUAACAUGUAGCUCGUGAGAGGCAGCCUGAU